AUGCAAGAUACCUACCGAGUAUCAAUUCCACAUCAACAUGCCACUCUCAGACGGCCCAGCAACGUUCCAUGCAAAACAUGCUCGCCAGCAUUCCAUUCCCGAAAUAGACUCGACGGACCCGGACCCAGACCCGUUCGCAUCGAUACGAGCCAGAAAAUUUCCCGUGGACUACAUUGCGAUCCUGCAGUGGCGAUUAUGCAAGAUGAAAAAAUUGGCUGCAUUAGCUGGGCGCUGAGUCCGAUGCUAGUGAGCUGUGGGUGGACUUUGUCAAGUGUUUUUUAUCUUGUGGUUCCGUACUGUGCCGAUGCCGAUGCCGAUGCUGGGCGAGAUUAA